AUGAGAGAACCCGGUGAUAGUGAUUUACUCGAUCCAUGCGCGCAAUGUCCAAUGCACUCGACCAGUCGCAUUCGGGAGAGUUCAAGUAGAGUGCUCAAUAACCUACUCUACAUCUUUUUUUUCUUCCUACAGACGUUAUCGUCGUCAUCCCGCAAUCUGUCACUUCCGCCAACAACCACGCCAUCCAUUAUCCAGUAUGAAAAACUUAUGAGACUCCCGAGACUCUGCAAGCAGCAGAAUAGAGGCAGGAGCCCUUGGUUGAUCCCACAAUCACGAUUUUGUCUUGUCAUUGGCCUGGCUGUAUUGGAAAUUCUUAUUAGUCGUUCUGCAUGUGUGGACACCUCAGUUAGAACAUACACGAAUACAUGA